AUGAGUUCCUCGUCAAAUGGAUACUCAAGCUUCGACUCAACCCCUGUCAAUCAGCACAACUUCAAUGCUGGGCCUAUUUUCUCAGCUGUUGGCGAAUGGCCAUGGACGGAUAUCAAUGGGGGUGCAUACUCGCAAGUACUCAUGCCCACGGGUCGAAGCGAGGCCAAUGGGUUGACCAUGCGAAGACUACGAACUUGGGUAUGGUUCAUUCUUAGGGCCAGAGUAGUACUUCGCAAUGCACGCCGGAAAAAUGGGCGACGGCAUAAGGCUUUGGAUUGCCCAUCAUGGUCUGCUGGAACCAAUAAUGCCAACCAUCCGGGGUCAUCGCUGAGUCUGUCUGACUGGGAUGACACGGCCUUCAAUCUCAUGGUCACUGACGACCAGGUCUAUCUACGCGGCUCGAUUGGUCUCUCCAGUACUAUGUUCCCGGACAAUGUCCUGGGCAUAAUGACAGGUGAUGGAAAUUCCCUGCUCCCGGAACAAACGAAUAUACCUCGACAAGCCACAGUUUUGUCCGAAGAAGAGGUGCUCCCGUACCCAGGGCUGGGGUCUGCGAUAGGGCCCGGCGAAGCAACGCCAUCUGAGAGUGUGUCGAGUCAGCAUCAGCCUGAGGUCAUUUCUUCCAGUCGCUCCAGAAAGCGUCCAGUCGAUUGUCUAGACCUCGGCGAUUCAUCAGCUGAAGAGACUGAGCACAAGCCGAGAAACAAGAAACGAUCGGUAAAGGCUUCAAACUCAAACUCACCACUAUUUGCGUGUCCAUUCUACAAGCAUGACCCAGAACGGUAUGAAGCCGCGAGAAGCUGCUGCGGACCCGGGUGGUCAACGGUUCAUAGACUCAAGGAACAUAUCUUCCGAAGCCACAAGCUCCCAGAACACCAAUGUCGUCGCUGUCUCGAGGUUUUCGAAGGAGAAGUCGCUCUCUACGAACACUCGAGGUCCCCUGAUGGUUGCAAGGUCCAAACUUGCAAUUCUCAGGAGGAAGGCAUCGACGCAGGUCAAGAGAAGCUGCUGCACGUCAGGGCCAAGAAACGCAGAAACACGGAAUCCCAUCAGAAAAAGGUUGAGGAGGAUAGAUGGAACGAGGUCUACAGGAUCAUAUUUCCAGAUGAGGACCAGGUGCCCUCACCAUACUACAAUCGCUUGCAGAAACUUAGUGUUGAUGAGUUUGGAAGAAAGAUGGUUGCUGAGUUCGAUAAACGCAUAUUGGCUGAGCUAGACUCCGCGACUAUGCAACCGAUCUCGUUGACUACUAUUGCAAAAGCCACUCGUAGUGUGGUGUUGAAGAGUAUAGAGUCUUGUCGGCAGGAUAACGAGGAUUCUGACAGCCAACACUCACAAUUGACUGCUUCUCAAACUCAAAAUCUUCGGUCAUCUCUAGGAGUUGGAUCACACUUACAUGGCGUCAACAACGAUCUUUUCAGAGGGCUUGAUAGCGAGAAAACCUUGACACAGAUGAUACCAACGUCUGACAUGGGACUUGGUCCGAUCAUGGUUAAAAGUCUCCCGCCAAUCUUGGACCGCAUAGGAACAAAGUGUGAUAUAACUAACGCUCCUGUCGAUACGAAUAAUCACAGCAGUGCCGCGGGCGAGCAAUCCUCCAACCCUUCCAAAGAGCUUGACAAUGGUCGCGGUUCUCGCUUUAUUUCCCGUCAGCCAAAGACUCUGGACCUGACUGCUAAGCAGUCAUCUCGUCCUUCGUCUUCUAAUCACUCAGAAUAUGGCUCCGAUGAAGAUGAUUCGGCGGACAGCACCCACCCAUCGCCUAGCACCGACCAGGAGUCUUCGGCAUCAGCUGUUGCGGAUGCAGAGAGCAGAUCGAAUGAAAUACUUGAUACACUGAUGUCUAAACUCCAGGAGUGGCUAGAGAUUAGACUGCGACAACAUGGGAUGCAGGAUGCUGAGCAGGGUUCAAAUCACGAGUCUACAUCAGCAAUAAUCUUCCUUGGUCACUCUGGUGCAUCUUCUUUGGGCACUCGAAUACCGAAACGUCGGAGGAAUGAUUCUAAUGAUGAGCUUAGCGAUGAUGAUGAUGGAAAAGAACUAGACCAUAAUCAGAAGGAAGGGAAAUCGGGCGGUACCGUCGAGUCCCGAUAUGUCUGUCCCUUCUUCAAACACAAUCGUGAGAGAUAUCAGACAUCUCAGUGGAAAAGCUGCUGUUGGCCAGGCUGGGUCUCUGCUCACCGAGUCAAGGAGCACCUUUACCGGCGCCACAUGUUCCCAAAAUUCCGCUGCAACAGGUGUAGACAAGAUCUCAAGUCAUCCGCUCGCCUCAAUGAGCACCAGAGAGCCGAUAUCAUCUGCCAGAGACAGAGUGAAGAGCCUGAGGAAGAGGGUAUCGACGAGGAAAAAGAAAAGCUACUGCGUGCCAGGAAGAGAAAAAAUGGAAAGUCUCGACAGAUGGGAGAAGAGGGAAAAUGGGUCGAGAUUUACAAGAUCCUUUUCCCUCAUGAUGACCCAGUACCUUCACCAUAUCCUGAACUUUGUCCUGUCCAACCAGGCCGAGAAGGCGAACACCUUGGAGCCAAUGUCUUGGACAGUUUCGAGAACUUCGCACGACGAGAAUUCUCGAGACGCAUGCGACCUCGCAUGGAAAGCCUAGUUGACGGCAUACUUGAGGAAACACUCACAUCCCAAGCCAUCACGGAUAUCGCCAACAAUGUCCUGCAAGGCAUAAUGGAAUCUUUCCGCGCAAGCCAAGACCAGUCAAAUUGUCAGCCCGAAGCUCAAGGAUCGCCUCCGAGGAGCCCCAGUCCUGAGAGGAUGCCCUCUGAUAGCUCUUCGCAUGCACCUCAGGACAAUGGUGACUUUUACAUACAAGGCAGCACGUUUACGGACUUCGAUAUUGACUUGGCCGAAAUCUUGAACUGCAAGGAUGGCUAUCAAGCAAUGGAUUUUACAUAUUGGCCAACUGGAGUUGAAGUCAUAGACGCUUUUCAGCCCACGGGUGUUUAG